UGUGAUUGACCGACUUGUCCUGGGGCGAGACGGAGGUCACAGCCAGCUGGCGUGGGCGUGCCAUCUGUGGGCGUAGAUCAAGCCAGGACACAGGUAGCUGGUUCCAGCUUACUCUCCGCUAGGUGAUGCAUGCGUAACCCCUUCCGCCAGCCAGGUGGUUUAAGCGGGGCGUGACCCAGGUGGUGGAGGCGGGAUGAACCAGCUGUGUCGUGUGUGUGGGGAGCCCGCAGCUGGCUUCCACUUCGGCGCCUUCACCUGCGAAGGAUGCAAGUCGUUCUUCGGGCGGACGUACAACAACGUGUCGUCGCUCGGGGACUGCAAGAACGGCGGCCGUUGCGUCAUCAACAAGAAGAACAGAACUUCCUGUAAAGCCUGUCGCCUCCGGAAGUGUCUGGUGGUGGGCAUGUCCAAGUCCGGCUCCAGGUAUGGUCGACGGUCCAACUGGUUCAAGAUACAUUGCCUGCUGCAGGAGAAGGCGGCCUCCCUCACCAUAGCCAUGGAGCGCAGCAGCAACAACAGCCUGGCGGUACAGGAGGCCAAGAGAACGCUGCAGGUCCUGACGGCCGCGACCACUCCGGAGACCACUUCGAAGACCAACGAGACCUCGGGCGAGGCCGGCUUAGGCAUCAAGGAGGAGGAGGACAGUCGAACUGAGUCUCCAGCGCUCAGUAGUCCGGAGUCUCAAGCGUCAGAUAAUUCCCUCGAGUUCCAGCUUGAUCCUAGGAGACCUCCUCCGCCUUUUCAUCUCUACCCGAAGUUGGGGAUGUUAUCUCCGUUCUUCCUACACACCAGUUCCCCUCUCACCUCUCCCUCGUCCACCUAUCCACGCCUGCCAUUUUAUCCGUACCUCUAUCCAAUUCUCAGUAGGCCUACCGAGAGGCCGACCUCAUCCACUCCACAGUCCUGCCCGUCUCCUACUCACACUUAUCACCCUACAAAUACUACCGUCCUCCCUAGCUCUCCCUCCCCUAACCCUACCCAUUCGCUCAUUUUCCCCCUUACCCAUUCCCCCAUUACGAGUCAGCCAAGGGCAAGCUCUCCACCCAUCCAUACCUCCCCCACUCACCCAUCAGACGUCUCACAGGAGGACCAAAACAGAGCGCAAAGCCCUUUCAAAGGUCCAAGAAAAGUUCAACAGGAAAAGGCACUUUCUCCCUCGUCUCUAGACGCCAGGAAGACACCCACUCCUCCCUGCGGCGACGAGGCUGAGGAGCAGCAGGAACCCAUGGAUCUCUCCGUCAGAAGGAUGCCCACGCCCACAGUCCACGCCCCCAGCCAGACACCCACGCCUGCAGAAACCCAAGUCACCUACAGCAUGCGGGUGACCACGUCCUCCAUCAGCCCUGGGCGUGUACAGGACACUGCCGCCCCGGUAGACCUAUCCUGUCGAGCCUAAAGACACUCCCAUCAGUCGUAAGAUACUACAAAAAUAUCUCAAUAAACAUCUACAUAUUUGUUCAGCAUUUACAAGUAUAUAUGUAAAUGCUGAAAAUCUACCUUAUAUUCCUGUAAGACGAGGUACGUGAGUAGAUGUAAGGAAACUAUGCCAUUUACAAACUUAGAUACAUAAUAAAGAUAGCAUUAUAUUAUUGUAAAUACGAGAAUAAAUUAUAAUGUAGAGAGAGAACUUAUAACGCAAUAUUGGUGAUGUUGUCACAGACGUAAUACAACGGAUUGUUGCAUCGUCCAAGGAACAUUUUUCUGCAACACAGCCUAAAUGUUGGCAUCUUACUGUAAGAGGCCUCGUCUGUUAAUCUUCCUGGAUUACACCUGCGAAUCUUAAUUGAUCGCACUUGUGAAUCUUCAUGUAUGAGUCUAUUAGUCCUUCAAGACGGCCUAUUAAUCCUUCCUGAAGGUCUAUUAAUCCUUCCUGAAGGUUAUUAAUUCUUCCUGAAGGUCUAUUAAUCCUUCCUGAAGGUCUAUUAAUCCUUCCUGAAGGUCUAUUAAUCCUUCCUGAAGGUUAUUAAUUCUUCCUGAAGGUCUAUUAAUCCUUCCUGAAGGUCUAUUAAUCCUUCCUGAAGGUCUAUUAAUCCUUAUGCAGGCGAUGAGUCACAAUAACGUGGCUGAAGUAUGUUGACCAGACCAAACACUAGAAGUUGAA